AUGUCUUCUUUUUCAGCUACACCUAUUGUGGAUAAGUGCAGGAAUGGGAAAGGGCUCGAAAGACUCACUAAAGAGUUAGGCUCUAAGAUUAUCAUCCAAGUGGCCGAGGGGAAGAAACGCCCGGACAAACCAGCACAGGCUGCAAAGCUUGCAUCCCAGGGUGGGGUCGCUGCGAGGCAGCAUCUACCACUCCUUCCCCACUUCAAGGAGUACAAGGCCAAUGGGCAUCAUAUUGACAAUUUCAUUGGCAAAGUUGCUAUCAAUUUUGAUAUGGACACCCGUUCCGAUGCCGUGAAGUAUGCAUGCACUGACAUCCUCAAGACCGCGUUGAAGAAUAGGCGCCACCAUCUCAAGAAGAAGCAUUUUGACAAUGUACCGGCCAAUCUAGUGAGUGUCAAAUCUCCUGAUAAGAAUGUGACAGAUGCGGAGUGGCAAAGGCUGGUCAAGAUGUGGUCUACCCCAAGGCACAAGGAAACCUGUCAGUCGAACAAGGAGAACCGUUCCAAAGUUAAGUUCCAUCGGAAAACUGGUUCUUGCCCCUACAUUUCCCAUGUGCAUGCUUUGAAAGAGGCUCGUAAGGGUGAAGAGUUGACUGCGUUUGAUCUAUUCAAGGAGUGCCACAAUGGCAACAAGACUGGUUUCUCUGAGCCAGUUAAGAAGGCGAUAGCUGACAUGGAAAAAGCUAUGGAACAAGGGGUACCAGAAGGUGGAGAACCAAAGAAUGUUGCUGCUGUUGUUGCUGACAUUCUCACUAAAGAAUGUCCCUCCAGCACAUUCCUUCAAAAUGUUGGCCUUGAGUCGAGCUCCAAGAAGAAGUUCAACAGAUCUGCAGCUGCUUUGGAUGCUCAUGUACAAGAACUAGAGUACAAGCUUGAGAAGGAGAGGCGAGUCGCUGAGUUGAUGCGAGAGGAGCUUGUUGAGGUCAAGAAGAAAUCAGAGGAGACCGAAGCUGCACGCACCGCAGAGUACCAGUUGUUACUGCAAAGAGUUGAGGCCACCGAUGGUAGAUUUGCGCGUCUCAUGGAUCUGUUCGAAGAUUGGCUGUGGUUUGAUGAUGUUGUGCUUUGGUUGGUGCAUCUUAAUCUUAUGAACAUGGUGUACUGA